CUUUCUACAAACACUUAGCAAGUAUCCCGCCCUGAAUGAACCCUCUUGCCACAUCAAAACUGACACGAAACCAACAUUUCAUCACCAAGACAACCUCGGACAGUCCCUAUGAGGUGCUCCACACUUGUGUAGCGUUUCCUUCCACUGAUAUCAGUCUCCCUUCAUCUACAGACCUUGCUUCAGAUUGCUUGCUUGUACGAGAAAAGCUUGAGCACUCCCAAACAUUCGUUUUACCCACGCCAAUAUCAUGUCGUCUUCACAAUCCGUGGACUCCUCGUUGUCUUCGCGAGAUCAGUUCGAUUCGCUCCGAACAAGUGCUGAUCUUCAGGCCACAAACUCGGGCGAAGUGGAAGUAUCAUUGGCUCGAACAACCAGAGGGACACCGGCAACACUGAAAGACGAAAGUCCUCUGAAGAAUACACCUUCGAUGGCAACCUUGACGAAAAAAUGGCAAUUUCUGCUAGCCAAAGACAGAGAGGACGGUGCGGAAAGCUCCUAUUAUCAAACGCCUCCUCCGUCUACUGCAAAACUGGAGCGUGUCAGAAGUUUUGGGAGUCGCCAGAGCAUGGGCAGUCGACACAGUAUGGGGAGUCUUCGCAGCAAUGGUACAACAACACCAAUAUUACCUCCCACUUCAAUUGUCAAGCCGUCCUUGUCGGCCCAAAAAAUUCUCCAUCGCCUUCACACUCCCGAGGGUAGUAGCAAUGCCAAGGCUCCACCAAGAAUACCAUCGUCGUCUCGGUCGUGGGAUGUGGAGCAACAAGUUCGAUAUAGAAGCAGCGUGAAGCAAAAUCUAGAGGUACGGUUGCGUCAACUGGAAAGUCAAACCGGUAGUGGAGCUGGGAAGAAACAACCACCGCCUAAACAACAACACACUCCUCCUCGAUGGGAGCUCCCUUCCAGAGCUCGAGAUCAAUCGCCUUUGAGAAAAUCGUUUGGAGAAGAACUGAUAGCACGGGGAAGAAUCUCUCAGCAACACCAUCUUCGGCAAUAUUCAGAACCACACCUGUCACCUCAAGUUGGGCCAUCACCCACAUCGACAACCGCGGCAUUGUCAGAUACAACGACAGCAAUGAUUGCUGCUGAUGCCUGUUCACAUAACAACCUGCACAAAGAUGCCGAAGAGAGAGAUGGAGAAGCGAGUAUCGAUCCAAAGGAGCCGUCUUCCUCCGAGGAUGAACUGGUCUCUCCUACUUUUGACAAGCAGAGAGGCUCCCCUGCACCAGAGAAGCAGCGAGAUCCUCCUGCAUCCAAAGGAACCCCUGCUUCGGAGGAGAAUCGACGGUCCCCUGCAUCCGAAAGGCACUUGACAAAAUCUAGCGGCAACGCUGAGGAAGACACGACUUCUUUUUGGCAUCGGUGGAAGCUAGCUGAGAAGCGAAUGCAACAACAGCAAGAUCAAUUUGAAAAAGAAAAGGUCGAAUGGGUCAGGCAACUGGAAUCUGCCUAUACUUCCAAUGCGCAAGUGGAAGCUUUGGCCAAACGAAUGGAGGUGCAACUCUUGGCGGUUCAUAAGACAUGCUUGCAUCAGGACGAUGACAGCGGGGUGGAUGAAGGGGAAUUGCGAGCGGAUCAAGAAGUGCCGAUUGACCCUCUGCACUUGCUCAUGGUAAAGGAUUCGGGGGAAAUUCCACUGUCUCAGAUAGAGGCAUUUGAGGGCGAUCCCUCCAGCCAUGACAGCGACGAAGACGGUCUCAUGGAUUCAGAGCUGCAGGAACGGAAAAUGGCGCGGACCAAUACAAAGAACAUCAUUCUAUCGCAUUUAGUGAAGCUGUUAGAACGACAAGCAGAACAGCAAAAAGGGGAACUGGAGCAGCAACUCAAGAUUGAAAGGGAAGAACGACUGGAAGUAAUGAAAGAGUUGGAAGCGCUCGAGAAAAGGUUGGGAGAACAUGGUCAAAACACCACCAGCGGUGCAACACCCAAGGCCAAGAACUCUUCCGAAAGCAAAUCGCCACUUCCUACGGACAAGGAUCAGACCAAGGCAUUGCAAAAUCGUCUCUGGUUGCGGGAACAACAGUACGAACAAGAACGGAAGGAGUACGAUGCCAAGCUUCGCUGCCUGGAAGAAGAAAACCAACGCUACAAAGAAGAGUCGGAGAAGGCGAAACAGCAACAACCAACUACUGGGUCGAACGAAUCUGUAAGCAUUCUGAAUAAGAAGCUGGAGUCUCUCAACCAUGAACUGGAAAAGGAUCUGAGCGACAAGAAGUCACUCAUAUCACAGAACGAGUCUUUACAGGCAGAAUGCAAGCGUUUGCAACAAACAGUCGACAAUCAUGAACGAGACCAAAAGCGGAAGGACUUGAAACAACUUCGAGAACUGACGCGGGUGGAAACUCAACUCAGUAGAGCUCAAGAAGUAACGAAGUCUUUGGAAGAAAAGGCAAAGUCCUUGGAACUCAAACUGGAACGUGCGGAAUCGAAACACGGCCGAGAACGGAAAGAACUGGAAUGGAAACUGCUUCAACAGGGGGAACGGGCUGCAUCAACUGCCUCGGGAAAAACGACAACAAAGGGUGAAUCGGAAUGGACCAAGAAAAAAAUCGGGAAGGAGAAAUCCGUUUUGGAGGAUCAGUUGAAGGAAACGCAGUUGCAGCUAAAUCGUUGCCAGGAAGAGCUCAGCGAUUGCAAGAACAGCGCAGCUCAGGCGCUCAGUGAACAGGAAGGCCUAAGAGCCCAGUUGAUAGCUUCUCAAUCAGAAAUAUCAGAUUGUCGAGAAGAGUUGGCUGAAAAGCAAGAGCUCUUGAAUCGGGCCAGAGAACACUUCAAGACUGUAACAACAGAAUCAAGCCAAGAUCUGGCUCAGGCUCGGGAAGAAAUACAAGGGUUAAAACAACAACUUCUAUCGGUAGAGUCUGAGGCGGAAGAUUGCCUUCAAGAGCUUGAAGACUGUUCCAAGGCAAAGUCUCAGGCGUUGGAACAACUUGACGAGCAACGCGAGAGGUUGGAGCAACUAGAGCUUGAAAGAGCGGGCCAAAUCCAAGCCAUAGAGUCGAUGCGACAACUUCAAAACAAGCACGAAAGCGACAUGCAAGAGUGGAUGCUAAGACUUGACGCUGCAAAAGCAGAUUGCGAGUCAAAGCAGAAACGAAUAUCUGAUCUGCAAACGUGGCUCGAGGAAUCAAACGUUGAGAUAGCAAAACUCCAGGCGAGAGUUGGUGUGGACAAGGAAACCCAACAGGGAGACGACGAUCAGGUCUUCACGAGGCAACUAGAAGAAGAAUUAACCAACCUUGAGUUUUCGUUGCAAGUGGAACGGGAGAACUUGGAGGAUGCUCACGCCGAAAACACCAAACUGCGCAGUCAAGUGCGACAACUGGAGGCAGAUCUAUUGAAGAACCGUGUGGCCAACGAAGUCGCCGGUUCAUCUGAAGGGUUUAGUUUACCAGCAUUUGACGAUGCUGUUGACAAGGCACUGAUGGCUGAAGGGUAUGAAGACUUGGAGGUUCAGCUACAAGAAACAACCAAUGAUCUCGAACAUUGUCUGGCGUCCCUUGACGCAGAGCGAUCCAAAUGCAGAACCCUCGAAGAGAACAAUGCUGCCUUGGAAACAGAGAUUGAAAAUAUAUCCCAAAAGCGUUCGGAAGAGAAGAAGGCGUGGGAGGCAAGGGCGAAAACCCUGGUUGACAGCGUCGACGUCGGACGUGUAUCAGCAGUCGAAGAGGCACCCAUUCAGUUGGAAGUUCAGCUGCGCGAAACAACGGCCCAAUUGAACGAAGCAACGGAGUCUUUGCGGACUGAGAUGGAUAAAAACAACGAGGCUGAGGAAAGAAACUCCAAGCUGCAGAAUGAUCUUCAACAACUCAAUGAGCGCUUCGUUUCGGAGAUGAAGGAACUCCAGGAUCGUUACGAGGCAUUGCCCACGGAUGACAAAAACACGAACUCUGAUCUACUGGAGAAAAUAUCCCAUCUUGAGUCUGUGCUGUUGGAAAGUGGCAAUAGAGAGACUGAGCUUCGGGAUAAGAAUGCAACUCUUGAGCUCCAAAUCCAGAGACUUCAGGAUGACUUUGAGGUUGAAGAGUUCAAGUCCGGGGAGUUGGAAGAAAAGAAAUUCACUCUGGAGUCAGAACUUCGCCAGCUUAAUGAGCGUUUCAUAGGGGAAAUGAGGGAGAUGGAACAACGCUAUCAGUCGCUUCUGCAUGAACACAACAAUGAGCACAACCAGAAUCAGGAGCAGCACGGUGACCUCGUGGUAAAAAUUGACAAUCUGGAGUCCAUGCUUUCUGAAAGCAGCAAUACUGAGGCUGAGCUUCGGGAGAGGAAUACAGAGCUGGAGCUCAAAGUCAAGAAACUUCAGGAUAACCUUGAAGUUGAAGAAUUCAAGUAUGGCCAGCUAGAGGAAAGCUCAUCUAUUUUGGACUCAAAACUUCGCCAGCUGAAUGAUGAAUUCAUUGGAGAGAUGAAGGAACUUGAUUUGCACUACCAAUCCCUUCUGGAGGAGAAUGACAACCAACACCAGGAGCUGCACGCUGAGCUAGAGCGUCGCGGAGAAAAGCUCCUCUCUGAGCUGAAUUCUCAGAGUGAUCUGUUGCAGGAAGAACGGAUGCAGCAGAAGCAAUCAGCUGAAGUGAUCGAAUCGCUCAAGGGAGAAUUGCGCGAUGCUAGAGCCGCAAGCAAGGAAAGCGCUCCUCAACAACCCGGUAUCGAAAUGGGCCAAUUGGAUCGAGAGUACCCAAAGGUUUUUGUUCCCGUGGCUUCUGACCUUCACAACCAGCCACCAGAGCUUCAGAGCGAAGAAGUUUCCACCGUUAUUUCCUCUCCUUAUAGCAUGGGACCAAGUUCACAAUUUGAACGGGAUCAUGUCGGCGAUAGUGGCAUGCCUCUUCAUACGUCUACCCUGGAUGAGCAACUGCAGGCUCUUCGAAGGAAAAGUGAAUGCGAGCAGAAGCUUGGGGAAGAAGUCAAGCUCCUCGAAGCGAAGCUGAAUCGUCUACAGAAUGAGCUCAGUGGCUCGAAUGAUAACUUGAAGCGUGCCAGAGAAAAGAAUGUCGUCUACGAGAAAGAAAUGGAAGCCCUGCACGACGCGUACGCAAGAGAGAGGGAGGAGUGGCAAAUGCACCUUCAUCAAGCGGAGUCUUCUGAUUCAGUUCGGACUCAGGAACUCCUUCAGGAGAAGGAAGAACGCGAACGUCAAUUGGCUGCUGCCAAGGAAGUGGUAGAGAACGGGCUUCGGGCUCUAACAGCUGAAUCUGAGAAGUAUCGGCAAGUUGUUGCGAAGAAUUUUUCCCUGGAUGACGAAAUCAGGCAAUUGCGUAUUGAAAACAGCAGCCUCACGCAGAAGCUUCAAAAUGCAAUGGGUGAAACUAUAACGGCUCAACGUGCUUUGUCGUCGACCAAAGAAGAGCUGCAACACCAGAUUCAGGAGUGGAAACAUCGCCAUGAUGACCUUCUCUUGGAGAAACAUUCCAUCCACUGUAAAGUGGCGGUAACGGAGCAGCAGAUUCAGACGUUGCAAGAAUGCCAUGAGGCUCACAAGCUGGAGUGGCGUGAAUCUGCUCAACUUGCAGCAGAUCAUUCAGCAGAAUCGGUUACUGCUAUGGUUGCAGAUCUCAAACAGGAGGUAGUGAAGAUGGGGGAGCAGCUAUUGGUUUCCAACAAAACCAUCCAAGAACUGCAAGCGUCUAGGACAAUGGAACAUGACCUCCUAGUUGCGCUUGAACGAGUUCAAAGCACUUUACGAGCGGCGGCGACGAGCAUUGCCGAGAACGCCGGAUCUAUGGUUCGCCACGGCAACAACGUUACAAAGAGCUUGGACAACAUAGAGAGUGUCUCAAUGUCACUGUCGGAACUGAAGGAGGCAAUGCUUACUCAAAACGAAUCACUCAGGCAAGAUAUUCAAAGCAUAUCCCAGACAUCACGUACGGCGGAUUCCGCUGGGCUUCAUCAAAACGAGGAAGACUUGGCCCUGGCACAGGCCAAACUAGAACAACUUACCAAAGAGUUGGAAGCGGAAACGAGUACACGACAAGCCGCAGAAGCGCAAGUAGCUCUGCUCAUAACAAAGGUCACUCGCUUGGAAAACGAUACCGUGAAGCCUCCCGUACUGGAAAUCCACUGUGAUGAAAACUCUUUCAAGGCCAGCAACGGCGAUGGCGCGGAGGGAGAUUAUCGAGAUGUCGACCUCGAUGCAAAGUUGGCAGAGCUUACAGUCAAGAUUGAUGACGAAAUGGAACAAAUUCGUGAGAUUUGUGGAGUUCCCGACAGCGAGGACGAAGCUGAAGCCGCCGAAAGGAACAAGCUCGCUGAUGCACAACAAGCCAUGUUUGCUCAAACAAUGCUGUUGGUUCAAUGCAUCAGAGAUCUGCUAGUGAACAAAGACGCAGAGCAAGAAGAGAACAAAACUUCGGCAGUUAUUCAGCAUCUCGAGAUUUUGUCCGAAGUCAUGGGACAUGUCGAUUCCAUGGAGGACGGUGCUCCGAUUGCCGAAAGAGACUCAGUUGGGUUCACAACCCCGGUGCCCAGAACUCCUCCGCACAGCCAAUGCCAGUUCCAGGAAGAAGGUAUCGAGACUGACCUUCUUCAAUUUGAGCUGGCCCAGGACGACUCGCUGUGUGACUUGCGUAACGAUGUCAGUCUGGAUCAAAAGCAGCGCUCGAGCGAAAUUGGAGGCAACAGCUCGUUCUAUAAUCCUGCAUUUGCUCCUGACACCACAAUCAACGAGAGUCUCAGAGAGGAGGCAUCAAGUCCGAUUCAGCUGGUUGUGGAACAAACGUACAAUCGGUGCCAAGCACUGGAACGGGAACGAUGUGAUUUGAUCAACGUCACCUUGGACCUUCUAAGCGCCUCGCGGGAGGCAAACAAGGCUGAAAUUGAUGCGGCGCUGGCCUCGGCUCGUCGAAAGGCUUCGGAAGAGAUGAUUGCAAUGAAGCAACAGACUCAAUCACAAGUCGACCAGAUCUGGAUUCGACUGUGCGAAAAAUGUCGGGAAUCUCUUGUAGCAUAGUGUAACUCCUUCAUAGAUGCUACCGGUAGACUGGGUUUGCUAUGUGAUCCCAAGAACCAAUAGGUGCAUGAUGUGAGAGCAUACAUUUCGUAUUCGCCGUGC